AUGUCCGAGGAGCCGCAGAACAUUACUUUCCUAUCGACGAAAAAGACGGUGGCCACGUUUUAUCAGGGGUCAAGCUCGAACACGGCCAUCUCGAUUCGGCCAAAUUCCUUGAAUUGCACAGUAGAGCUAUUUUCUUAUGGAUGGCCAAGUGACGCCGGAAAAGCAUCAUAUCUCCUAUUCAGUUUUAGCCCCUCAAACUACCGUAACCUCACCCCCAGCCAAUAUUGGGGCCGGGCGGUAACUCUAGUGUUACCAGCAAGUUGCGCUGCCGGAUUUCAGAUUGAAAAGAUAGAGGCUCCCGAGACUACAAACUACACCCUGGGGGCCCGCGAGAAUUUUGGGUACAUUUCGAGUCGGGAUUACCCCCUCGUUGGUGAUGCUGGACCUUCGAAAAUUUCAAUGAAUGUUCUAUUGAAUGAAACUGUGCUCAACGACUCUGAGGUGCAGCUGAACCUGCUGGAAUUGGUGGCAUACGAGCCGGCCAGUAGUUCCGACCAGUUGAUGAUCAUCUUUGGCGAGGCCGGCUCGAAGAACUUCUCAACUCCGCAAAAAAAUCUACAGGUUAAGGGCACCGGGCAAAUGCAGGUAUUUUUUGAACCCGCUAAAAUGGACUCGCAUUUUUUGAUUCGAUACGAGACGAAAGCGGUGUCAGAACGAAAGACCUUCGUGAAUUUGAAUGCAGUCGAUUCGAGCUACACUUUAAAUGGAAAUAUGGUCAAGGAUAUUGACAUUUUCUCGAUCUAUGUCGACGGCCAGCCGACCACCUAUGUUUUUCCAUAUUUUGCAGCCCAAUCCCAGACUGAUUUUGAAAUCAUCGAUGCGGAAAAUAAUGUUUUUAGCUCCAAAGACCUCUCUGCCGCCUCGAACUUUACCGGCAACAUUCAGAUCGAUCUUACUGGGAACAAAAACUUUGAGUUUGCCCUCAUCUUUCGACUGGAUUAUGGAAAAAUUGAGCUUUCAAACGAAGUAGAUUUUGCCCUGCUCCCGCUGGACGCCUCGAAGUCGGUGACGGUAGAGAUUGGCACCGAAAACCGAACCUCCGUUUACUCCUUUGUCACUCCAUUCAACAGAACCUUUCCCUGUAGUUGUUCUCAAAUUUCGCUAUAUACGGGCGGUUACUACAGGAAUGUUACGACCUCCCCGGAUAAGUACUUGCUCUAUGAAUUCGGGGAAAAUUAUACUGACUACUUUUACGCAAGUCAAAUUCGAGCGUUCUCCUUCAGCUUAGCAAUUCCAGAAAAUUGCGAUGUAUCGUUGGAACUAACUGAAAAUUGUGAAGGAAAUCCCGACCUUUCCUAUAAUACAGUCCCCCUCGGCGGUCACGGCUUCUUUAUGAGUGACGCCUAUCGACAAAACGACAACUUUUGGGGAAUCGACCCUUGGAAGUCGAGAUUCGUGCCAAUGACACGGAGAGUCGGACUUGAACCU